AACCCCUUUUUAUUUAUAUUUUUGAACAUGGACCCAAAUAUUAUUAGCAUACGCAAAAAAUCGCCAACACGCGCAGAGGCUAUUUCUCAAGCUCUCAGACCAGCACCCAUUUAUUCCAAUGGAGUAUUAGUGGGUAACUGGGUGGAAGAUAGAAUAGAAUGUCCAAAAGAUGGUUCGCUCGACUAUCCCCCAAAUGAAAAGAUCGACCUUAAAAAACUGCAACGCGAGUCGCGUCAAUCAGAUUUUCGAAAUAACAAGUUGAACAGCUGGCAGGGCAACAUAAUCCCAGCCAUAAAAGACGACCUCUACGAAUCCUGCGGUAAUUUCGCAACCACCACUGACCUCGUUUACAACCAUCUACCGAAACCCCUGUGCGGACCGCCGCAGCGGUUUUACAAACGUUUCAAGAACCAUUACUACCCACAGCAGGAUCUCAGCGAAUGUUACGGUAAUAUAACUGAAUGGGGUUUGAAAGAGUAUCUCGAGUAUAGUUGGGCUUGUGACAAUGUUAACGAUUACUUGUCGACACUAUACGAAGAUAGCUUCGUACCACCGACUCCACAGCAGUAUCUACAACCCCAUGAGAGAAAGGGAAGAGAUGGGAGCUUCACAAAAACAUUUCGCUUUAAGAUGACGAAAUCGAAACGAUGAUAAACAUCAAGAAUCAUUUUCUUCAUUAGCAAAAAUUACUAGUCUUUACAUAUCA